AUGGCUUUCAAGUACAUGCUCGUCGCCGCCCUGGCUGCUCUGCCUGCCGCCUUUGCCUCUCCCAUCGAGCUUGAGACCCGGGGCUGUACCUACGGCGGACCUUACGAAAACUUUCCUCCCAUGAGCUCUUGGCUGCCCUGGACCACUGUCUUUGGCUUGUACGAGCAGUCGAUGGUCAACGCAGGCUCCAGUUGGGACGAUGUCGGCCGUAUCAACGUGGCUAUUAGCCAAGCUGCCGCUAGCAUUGGCGUUGAUGAGCGUGUUAUCCUCGCUAUCAUUCUCCAAGAGAGUUCUGGCUAUGUUGGUGUCGAGUGCACUGGUGGUGAUGACUGUGGUUUGAUGCAGUGCGAGGGCUGCCCAUCAUUCCAGGGCCAGAAUGAGUUGCCUCAGUCGGAUACCUCUGCCAUGAUUAACGGAGGUACUCAGCACUUCAAGGCUAAUUUGGUGGACUUUGGUGACCUGUGGGAUGUCUCAUCUAUCUACCCCGCGCUCCGUGAAUACAACUCGGGCAGUGUCGACAACAACGACCUCAGUGUUGCCGCCGGCGGCUUCGGCGUACCUUGCUACGUCAGUGACAUUGCUCGCCGUAUGAUGGGCCAAGUCUUUUAA